AUGGAUGAUAAUUCAAAAAAAGUGGACGAUACCGAAGUUCUGGAUUUAUUGAGAAAGUCAAGAAAAAGGGUACUAAAAAAUUUCGAUGAAAAAAAGAAUGUUGAGAAAGAAAUGGAAAAUGAAGAUAUGGAUAUAGAUGAGGAUGAAGAUGAGGAUGAGGAGGAAGAGGAGGAGGAGGAGGAAGAAGAAGAAGAAGAAGAAGAAAAUUUGGAAAUGACGAGUGAUUCAGAUUCCUCACAAAGCGAUGAAAGACCAGAAUUUGAGCGUGAAGCAGAAUUGGCAAAAGAGUACGAAGAUGAAGCUCAGGCUAAAAGAAAGUAUGAAUUAUUAUAUAAAAGCAAGAAGAGUCCUUCAAAUAAGCAGGAUUCUGCAUUAAUGAAGCUUCGUAAUGCUAGACAGAGAAAAAUAAAAGGGAUGAGACUUUCACAGUCUGAAGAUGAAGAAGGUGAGGAGGAAUACCGAACCAAAAAUUCUGAAGAAAGUGACAAUAUAGAUGGUGAAGAGGAAGAGGAAGAUGAAGAAUAUUAUGGAGAAUAUGAUAUUAAACAUAGAAAGAAUGAAAAAAAAAGUAAAUCAAAAAGGAAAGCCAGACACUCAGACUCCGAUUUAGAAGAAUAUUAUGAAGACGAUGACCAAAUCCAAACCAAAAUACAAAAAAGAUCUAGAAGAAGCUCCUCUGGUAUGCAAGGAAGUAGUUUAUUUGAUGACGAUAAUCAGAAUCAAGAAAGAAUAUUAAAAAGAUGUGAUAAAGUACUUGAAUCUAUUAACCUAAAAUUAAUGAAAUCUGUACAUUUAACUAAAGAUAGAAUAGAAUUUAUGUUAGAACACCCAAAAUUUACCGAAUAUUUGUGUGGAAGUUAUGUCAAAGUACCAAUUAUUAAUCCUUCCACAAAUAAUGAGAUUUUCUUGACAUGUGAGGUUUUUGAUUCCCACAUUAGUGACGAAAACAAAUGUGUACUGACUUUACAAAGAGGAGGAUCCAAAAAAGAAUGGGGAAUUGAAAGUAUCUCAAACAAUAUUUUUACUAAUGAGGAUUUACUUGAAUGGAAAGCAAUGAUUAAGGAGUUCUAUUCGAAUGAUCCUGAUUACAUUUUGUCAUUACCAAGAAUAUUACAGAAAAAAGCUAGAGAUUUGAAUAACUUCCAGUAUGGGGAUGAUGACAUAGCUCUUAUUCUUGAGAGAAAGCAAAAGAAAGCAAAAACUAAUUCCUUAUCUGGUAAAACCCUAAUUGAGACGAGAACUAAUUUACAGACACAAAUCAAACAGUUAGAAAUGCAACUUAAAAAUAUUGAAUUGGAUAAUAUUGUCCGAAAAUCCAAACUUGCUAAAAUUGAUCAGUUACAACAAGAAUUAGAGCAAACUAUCAAUCAAAUUGAGAAACUUAAACUACAAAAGGAAAUGAUACAUCCCGAUAAAUCUUUAAGAAUUACAUCAUCCAGAUAUAUCGGGGGAGUACAAGGUAAAGGAUCAGGUACCAUGCCUGCAUUACAUGAUAAACUAAACUUAAAUGAAAAGGUAAAGAGCAGUACAAUCACUGCUUCACAAACAAAUAAGACAUCCAAUUCUCUAUACAAACUCAUUUUUGAUCCAGUUUCUCCAAGAAACUACUCUAAGAAUAGCAUAGGAUCUGGUAAUAGCUCUAAUAAUAACUAUGAUAAUUCACAAUCUCAAUUAUUAUCAUCAAGUCCUAAUCAAACCACAGAACCUCAUUUUGGAAGGAGAGAAUGUAGGCCUUCGGUUAUGUGGGAAACCAAGAGAAAUAAACCAAAUACAAGGCUACCUGUAAAUGAUAAGAUUGAAUCUUCUGAAAUUCAAGAAAUUUCUGUUAUACCAUCUCUUCAACAAAACCUAAAAACAUCAGAGUUUAUUCAUGUCCAUGACAUUGAAACUACCAAAAGCUCUGCUUUGAAUACAGAAGAAGUCAUUUCUGAAUUCAAAGAUUUCUGCUCAAAGAUUGACCUGGAUCUCAUUAUAUCGGCCAGAAAUAACUCUCUUCCAUGUUUUCCUCCUAUAUCUAGCUUCUGGAACCCUUCUGAGUUUAAUGCCAAGUCAGUCGAGAAAAAGGAUCUCAAUUCAAAAUUCCAGGAACUUAUUAAGUUAGUAGAAAGUACUUAG